AUGAGCAUCCAAAACGUCACCUCCGCCGAGGAGUUCCGGCAGCUCCUCGCCGCCAACCGGUACGUCAUGGUCGACUUCUUCGCCACCUGGUGCCCGCCGUGCAAGGCCAUCGCGCCCGUCUUCGAGAAGCUGGCCGCCGAGCACGCCGCCGCGGGGAGCUUCGCCUUUGCCAAGGUCAAUGUCGACGAGGCCGCGCUGCGCCCCGUCGUGUCCGAGUACCGCGUCAGCGCGAUGCCCACGUUCCUCUGCUUCAAGGAGGGCAGCCUGGUCCGGGUCCACGGCGAGGCGGCGAUCCAGGGCGCGGACCCGGGGAAGCUCAAGGCGGCGGCGGACAAGAUUGGUGGUCUGGCGAAGGCGUACAAGACGGAGAGCGAGGCGGCAGCAAGAUGA